AUGAAAUUGUUUCAGAGUAGUGACUGGAUGGCUUUUCCUUUGACUGAUUUGUUUGUUACGCUUUGCAGUCAGAACAAAGGUGAAGAUCGCCCAAGAGUGAUCUCUUAUCUUAUUCAGGAGCUAAAGCUUUGCCCAUUGGAAUUUUCUAAGGAUGCCAGUGCUUUGUGUAUGAUAUCACAUACUUUAGCAUUGCUUCUUUCUGAAGAUGGAAGUACGCGAGAGAUCGUUGCAAAGAAUGGUAUUGCCAAUGUAGCCAUCGAUAUUCUGAUGAACUUCAAAGCAAGAACUGAGUCAGGAAAUGAGCUAGUGGUACCAAAAUGUGUUAGUGCUCUACUACUUAUCUUGGAUAAUUUGUUGCAAUCCAGGCCUAGAAUAUCUGCUGAUAUUACAGAGGGAACUCCUGGGGGACCUUUACCUGACUCAUCUGGGGAGCAUGUUUCAUUGUCUGUUUCAGAAGCAGUAAAAGAGAGAAAUCCAACUCCAGCAGCCCAUGAUAAAGACUCUGAUACUUCAUUUGAGAGAAUUUUUGGAAACUCUACUGGCUAUUUGACUGUUGACGAGAGUCGAAGGGUAUUGGUUGUUGCUUGUGACUUGAUAAGACAACAUGUCCCAGCUAUGGUCAUGCACCUUCCAAGAAGUUGCUUCUUUCCUGGGUAUGAUACCUUGGCAUCUGCUAUCAUUCGGCAUCUCCUUGAGGAUCCUCAGACCCUGCAGACAGCCAUGGAAUUGGAGAUACGACAAACUCUAAGUGGAAAUCGUCAUACUGGUCGUAUUUCUCCACGUGCAUUUUUGACAUCAAUGUCACCUGUUAUGUCUAGAGACGCAGAGGUCUUAAUGAAAGCAGCAGCUGCUGUUUGUCAGUUGGAGUCAUCAGGAGGAAGGACCUUUGUUGUGUUAUCAGAAGAAAAAGAGAAAGAUAAGGAAAAGUCAAAGGUAUCUGGUGUUGAACUGGGGGUAUCUUCUAAUGAAUGUGUUCGAAUCCCUGAAAAUAAAACCCAUGAUGGCCCAGCUAAGUGUUCUAAAGGCCACAAAAGAAUUCCUGCAAGUCUUACUAUGGUAAUUGAUCAUCUUCUUGAAAUUGUAAUGAAAUUUCCUUCACCAAGCGGUGAGGACGAUUGCACAAAUUAUCCAAGUGCAAUGGAGGUUGAUGAACCUGCUACCAAGGUAAAGGGUAAAUCGAAGGUUGAUGAGGCAAAUAAGAUUGAAUCAGACAGUCAAUCAGAAAGAUCAGUGGGGCUAGCUAAGGUGACUUUUGUCCUCAAGUUAUUGAGUGAUAUUCUUUUGAUGUAUGUGCAUGCAGUUGGGGUUAUACUGAGACGGGAUUUGGAAAUGGGUCCACCCCGGGGAUCUAAUCAACCAGAUAGUCUAGGACAUGGUGGCAUAGUGCAUCAUGUUCUACAUCGACUUCUUUCUCUGUCUAUAGAUAAAACCGUUGGACCUGAUGAAUGGAGAGACAAGUUAUCUGAAAAAGCUUCGUGGUUUCUUGUGGUUUUGUGUUCUGUCAGCAUUGCCCUCUCCAUUACUUGCUGA